AGGACACUUCUAUGACGUGUUGUUCACAGCGCUGCCGUGUAAACAAUUAUACUCGAGAUGGGUUUGAUCAGGAUUUUUCUAUCGGUUUUUUCUCUGGUAUUUAGGACGUUAGAGUCUGUUGGUUUUCUGUGGGAUUUCAGUGUUCGAUUAUCGGAGUUUAUUUAUGGGAAACAACGAGGUGCUAUUGUUAGCGGGCCUUCCAAUCCGAUUUUGAAAUUACCAGCCAAAGAUAUCGUGCAGUAUAUAAAACAACGGAGGAUGACUUGUGUGGAAGUGAUUCAAGCUUUUAUCGACAGGAUUCACGAAGUUAAUCCCUUGAUAAAUGCUGUUGUAGCGGAUCGAUUCCACGAAGCGCUGGAAGAGGCAAGAGGUAUUGACAAGGUUCUCGAUUCAAGCGAAUUGAACGACGAAAAAUCUGUUUUAAUGACUAAACCUUUGCUUGGAGUUCCUGUGACGGUGAAAGAAUCACUUGCAUGUAAAGGAUUCCCUCAUUCAGCCGGACUUGUGGAUCGUAAGAACACGAUUGCUACUAAAAAUGCGAAUGUUGUUGAAAAUCUCUUGCGAGCCGGUGCGAUUCCGAUCGCUGUCACUAACUGUAGCGAGUUGUGUAUGUGGUGGGAGACAGCUAACAACGUGUACGGAAGAACAAAUAAUCCUUACGACACAUCGAAAAUAGCCGGAGGUAGCUCUGGUGGGGAAGGGGCAAUUAUUUCCGCGGCUGGUUCAGUGUGCGGUGUUGGUUCUGAUGUCGGUAAGUGGAUCGUCGGAAUUAUUUUGGACGUACUAAAAAUUGUAUUAUUAUAAUCGUAUUCAGUGGAGUGGCUCAUAUCGUCAAUCAUUGACGAUUUGUGACGCACUUUUUCAUUCAUUAGAGUUAAAAAAAAUUGUAUAGUAGCAGGCAGAAAAAAGCGAAAAGUUGCAUGCUCAUUCUAUCUAGGAUGUUUUGGUUUUAAUCAACGGCUGGCCUCAAAAUCUGUAAUUCCCGGUCCUUCUUACUUGCUUUUGCCGGUGAGCGCUAUCGCAAUGGGCUCUCACAUUCUGACCAGCCGGUAUUUUCUUUCAUUUCACAAAGUCUUUCUUUCAUACCUUUUUUUUUUUCUAAGAGUUUUAGAGAUCUUUAAGGCUUAGGGUUAAUUUUGGCAAGGUCUUCAAAACAUGGAGAUAUUUCACAAAACACACCUGUUUAACCGCAAGAAAUCUUUAGAACUUAAGACUUAAAGUAUCACCGCUCAGGUGUUGCAUUCUAAUGACCUUCACUGCCUUUUCAGACUUAACCAAGCGUGAUUUUAUUGUUUUUGAAGUGUCAGAUGUAUUCUGUUAACCUUUGUGCCAUGACCGUCAAAAUCUUCUUAUUUGAUAUACCACGUAUAAAAACCCUAUUUUUGUGAGCUACGUGUACCUCAAAGCCGUCCUGUGGCUACUUGGCAAGCUAAUGUAGCUGUAUAAUGGAAUGCAACCCGAAAUUUGACAAUUGUUCUAAAUUUAGUUAUUAUCAUCUUCGUGCAAUUGGACCCCCAACAAAUUUCUUAUUUAAAAAAAAAAAGAAAAGAAAAAAAGAUUAUGAAGUUUAGCAGAAAGUCCUUCUUUAUAAUAUUCCUUUCUUGCAUCAAGCAAUCCAGCAUUAGGAAUUGGGAUCGUAGUAGGGAUAAAAGCGGCGAAAUUCUACGCCUAAACAUGCUGGACUCCGGCACAUACUUUUACAUCCUGUCUCUGAAACCGUAUUCUCUACUUUAACAUUCAUAUCUGUCUUAAUCUCUGGUCAGCUUGAAUGUAAACUACCACUGAUGCAUGCAAAAUGCCAAAUGGUUCGGUCAUUCCGAGAUAUACGUUUCGAAACACCUUAAUCCUAUAAUUCCCAGAAGUGAUUAACAUGUAACUUCUCCCUAUAAUAUCCAUACAUUAUCCAACAAACAGGUAAUGAGAAUACUCAAACUCAGGUAGUUGUUAUUUUGAUCUAAAACCAUAAAGAAAAGUGCAGCAGCUAGAGGAGAAAAUUAACAAUCCGAUCUUGGGAGUUAAAGGGUUAUUGCCUUUCGCUCAAAGGUCAAAGAACAAAUUUCUGAAGUCCUUGACUUAAUAGAAACUUCACUAAUGAUGCUGAUCAUACUUGCUAAUUUGAGAUAUCAACCUGCUGACAUCGAAAUGCAAUUUAAAAGUACUUUUAAUCUUAACGUACAUCCUCAAAUUUUCCUUUACUCUUUACGUGAUCUUACAUGACUGAGUAUAGUGCCAACUCUCCUGCAGGUGGAAGUGUGCGCAUGCCCGCAUUCUUCAACGGAAUAUUUGGUCAUAAGCCAAGUCCUUCCAUAGUCCCAAACCAAGGACAUUUCCCUAAAGGCACUAGCGAGGCCUUCGACGAGUAUCUAGUUAUGGGACCACUGUGUAGGUACGCCGACGAUCUCAUCUUAAUGCUGAAGGCUAUGGCAGGUCCUCGACUCCAUGAACUUCGAUUGGACGAAGAAAUAGAUCUCUCAUCUCUCAAAGUUUACACUUUGGACAUAGAGGGCCCUUUCCUGACUUCACCUGUGGAACCCGACAUUCUGAUGGCCCUACAACAAGUCUGCUCUUUCUUACAGGAGCGCUAUGAUGCUACAGUUCGAGAUACUCACAUGAGCCUGUUUCAGUAUUCUCCUCUCAUCUGGUCUGCUACAGUUCAUGCAGCUGAGAAUAACAGAUUCGCAUCACAGAAUUUAAGCAAUGAGUCUGAGGCACUAGCUAUAAACCCAUUCACCGAAAUUUUCAAGUAUGUCCUGGGUUAUUCAAAAUAUCAUUACGUCACCCUGACAAUCGCGGGGAUUGAACAAGUUCGAGCGCCUUUGCCCAACUGCCUGCCAGAUGUGGCAUCAAACUUUGUGAAAAUGGGAGUCGAAUUAAGAGAAGAAAUUCAAACCCUUCUCGGGGAAGACGCCAUUUUGCUUUAUCCCUCCCACCCAAGUACGGCGCUUUCACAUCAUCGCCCAUCCCUUGCCCCGUUCAAUUUCAGUUACACUUCUAUUUUCAACGUGCUUCAUCUUCCAGUCACGCAAUGCCCUCUGGGUCUUGACAGAAAUGGACUGCCACUGGGCAUACAGAUCGUGGCUGGAAGAAAUAAUGACAGGCUGUCGAUCGCUGUUGCGAAGCAACUGGAACGUCACUUUGGAGGGUGGAAUUCCUGUUACCCUGGUAAAAAUUCUCAGAAGAAGCAGAUAUGAAUAAUAAAGUCAGGGGUUAAUUACAGUGGAUGUUGCGGAAAGGGUUGCUAAGACAUUUAUAACCCUAAAGACACUUUUCAAACCCAAAUUGUCGAUUUUUAAAGCAAAUUUGCGAACAUACCCUUUUUAAAUUUAUGUGGUCAGGAUAGGUAAUUUUUCGGUGUUUUAAUGAUAUUUACGUGAGCUAUAUUGAGUGGUUCGAGUAGCGGACUGUAUUUUCAACAGUGAUAUUUCGCAACUGGGCGAAUUUCUUAAAAAUUCCUCCUCCCCUGAAUGUUUUUUGUCGACGAUUUCUAAUGACUUGUGGGGUGGAUUAUGGUGCUUGUAGUCUACUUUAAUUUUGGUUAAAUAGAAGAGCAAAGCUUGUUUCACUUUCAGUUCUUUUUAAUAGAGCAUUGGGUUUCACAUUGAAGCAACUUUCAGGACAUUACAGAUGUAAAAAGUAUUGGAUGUCUUACAAAAGUGUUCCCAAAAUUUCUCUGAAGUUGUGAGUUAAAUCAGGAGAGGGGUUUUAUUUAUAAGGAGACUUAAGCUAAUAAAUAAAUACUGACAG